AGGACGUCUGUCACCGUGUUUGGGGAAAGAUUCCGGGCCUUUGUGACAGAGCGGGACGCAGUGACAGCCACGGUGGUUGGGCUGACGCUGCUGGCUGGCGGGGUCUACUCUGCCAAGAAUGGGAGAGCCGCCGGGGCCCGCUUCAUCGAGGCUGGGCUUUUCAAGCCAUCCCUGGUCAGCCGGCGGCUCCUCAGUCGGCCCCAGGACGUGCUGGAGGGUGUUGUGCUGCAUCCCAGUCUGGAAGCGCAGGUGCGCAACAUGGCCAUAGCAACAAGGAACACGCAGAAGAACCACGGCCUGUAUAGGAACGUCCUGAUGUACGGGCCGCCAGGCACUGGGAAGACGCUAGUUGCCAAGAAUCUCGCCCUAAACUUGGGCAUGGACUACGCCAUCAUGACAGGGGAGGACCUGGCCCUCAGGGGGCGGGAAGGCGUGACCGCCAUGCACGAGCUGUUUGACUGGGCCAAUACCAGCCGGCGCGGCUUCCUGCUCUUCAUGGACGACGCGGAGGCCUUCCUUCGGAAGCCAGCCACUGAGGAGAUGAGCAAUUACUACCUCAGAGUCACCCAGAACGCCUUCCUAAACCACACGAGGCAACGCAGCAACAAAUUCAUGCUGGUCCUGGCCAGCCGCGACCCCAAGCAGUUACACCGGGACAUCCACGACCGCAUCGACGUGAUGUUUUACUUCGACCCGCCCGGGCCGGAGGAGCGGGAGCGCCUGCUGAGAAUGUAUCUUGACAAGUAUGUUCUUAUGCCGGCAACAGAAGGAAAGCAGCGCCUGAAGCUGGCCCAGUUUGACUAUGGGAGGAAGUGCGAGGAGAUCGCUGAGCUGACGAACGGCAUGUCGGCCCGGGAGAUCGCACAGCUGGCUCAGUCCUGGCAGGACACGGCGUAUGCCUCCGAGGAUGGGGUCCUCACCGAGGCCAUGUUGGAUGCCCAUGUUGAAGACUUUGUCGAGCAGCACCAGAAGAAAAUGCGCUGGCUGAAGAGGGAGGGCCCGUCCUCAUGGACCAGCACCCCUUAACCUGAGUCCGCGGCGAGACCACACCUCACGGAGCCUGGCUGCGGACCCCUCCCACCCCUGCUUUUCCGGUCCCUGCACGUUUAGGAAAUGCUUCCCCUAAUAAACUCCCACAGGUGCCACA